AUGGUAAAUCAAAGCGCCAGGCAUAUUCAUACUAACAGAAACUUGUUUAGGUCUGGAGAUCAUCCUAUUCCUGAAAAGGGUCCCCCCUUUGUUCUCGAAAAUCAAACAAGAUACAUUGGCGAGGAUGCGAUGUUUUCAUGUGGAAUGUCAUUCAAUGGGACUAUGUCUGAUGUAAGUUACAUACUUUGGCUCAAGAACAAUGAAGCGGUAGUAAAUGGAACUAACCAUUUUAUUACAUGGGAAGUUGCAAACUAUUCUGAAAGCCAAGUCGAGGUCACCACUAAUCUGACCAUUUACUCUGUUACCGAGGAUGAUUUCAGCAUGUAUCAGUGUUACAUGAUAAUAUGGAAAUCAGUUAAAACCAAAAGCGACACAAAACGGAAACCUAAACCUAAACGACGGACUGAAAAUUAUGUCUGUUGUUGCAUAUGUAAUGUAAACUCUCCUUCUCUUCGGAUGCCAGAAUUCAAUAAGGAGGAUAUUGCACGCCAGUAUUAUAAUCUAUACAAACAUUACUGGGUUGGUGAGUUCCAUCUACUGCAAGAGAAACCCCGAAUCAGAACACUGUUUAUAGUUCCUGGAACUUUGGUAACUAUGUCUGUGUAUUUUCGACACCUCAGAGAAAUAGAUGAUUUUUCUGUUCGUUUUACUCGAAGUAGUCAAGAUAUUCAGUCAUUUGAUACUCAAUGUUCAUACUCUGCUCGAGCCAAUGCAUGGUUAAUACACUUAAAUGGUAUAUCAGUAGCUUACAAUGACAUAACGUACAUGAACGCAACAGAGGUGAAUCACUGGAAGGGAAGUGUGGGAAUCAUAUGGACUUGUAUAUCUCCAUCUAUGUACGGUGUGUACCAAAUUACAAUACUGAGAAAGGUUUAUAACAAGCAUGAUAAUAUCCAAUGGAUUGAAAAAAUAGACUAUCCUACCAAAGUGUACAUCAAACCUAAAGAGUCUACAAUCGUCACUGAAAAUAUUUCCAACAAUAAAAAUCGAGCAGUGGUUGUUUAUAACGAGAACUGCUGGUCCAAUGAAGAACUGAAACCUGAAAGCUGUGAGCACAUCAAUACUUUGGUGGAAUCAAUCUUUGAUAAGAACAUCCUAUAUGAAAGUUUUAUUACAGGAAAACUUGUCUCCCUUUUAUUUGUAGCUUUCGUUAUUAUUGGAAUUCUACAAUUUUUUCUUUUGCCUUUCCUGCGUUGCAAAAUAUCUCAAUUUUAUUGUGUCAUGAAAAUGUCUGGUAAUAAGGGACUAGCUGGAAUCCAGAUUAACCCAGACCUUCAAUAUCACCUAUAUAUUUCAAGUUCAAGUACCUCCUCUGAUAGAUCAUUUAUUGACCAAAACAUACUUCCAAUAAUCAAACCUUUAGAUUUAAAACUUUUUUGUGGACAAGAAGAUGUUCUUCCAGGAAGGGUGGAAAUUACCGAAAUUUCAAAUGCUAUUAACAAAAGCCUGAAGUGUUUGGUGAUAGCCACUAACAAAUAUAAAAACUGCUCUUAA